ACCGCCUAUUGCAGUAUAAUUUGAAUGACCGACGUGUUGACCGGUAAAAUUUCGGAAACACAAUCCAGUAGCAUUUCGUACAAAUUAUUAAUAAUCACACACGCGUGCCAAGGAAAUAUGUCAGAUACGUGCAAUUCUUAUAAAUAAUAAAAAAUUGUUGAUUAUUUUGUUGUUUUAAUAUUUUAUAAUAAAAUGGUAUACUUCGGCUUGUUAAACACUGCACAACGGCGUUACACUACAACCGCGUGAGAACUAAGCCCGAAGAGCAAUAUAUAUUCACUUCUUUGGAAUUCACCAGUCGAUACUUUAUAAGUUUCCGGCUCAGUAUAUAUAAAAUUCUAUCAUACCAUAGGACUCUACAUUUUUUCCUAUUUUGUGUAUCAUUUGUUCGAAUAAUGAAGCAGAUGAUUUGAAAAACUUAACUAUUUUAAAAGAAUUUGGUUUACGGUUUUGUCAGAGUAACGAAAAUACAAAUGAAACAAGGAGUGGACUUUGGUUACGGAAUCAAAUCCACAUUAGUACAAUCUUACAUGUUUAAAUUAACCAUUCAACAGAAAUCAACUGCUGCUAUAACCUUUUAUAUUGCACGAAGUCUAGUGUACUUGUCACCACCAAUUGGCAGCUUGUUCCUGUCGCUUGUCCAGGCACGGCUUGGCCACAGGGUAUGCAUGGCGCUCACCAAUCUCAUUCAGCUGUCGUCAGUGUUGGUCGUGGUCCUUUUCCCGAUCACGGUGAGAACCUUGUACGCGUGUUCGAUGCUGAUGGGCCUGAGCACAGGUUUUGCCACUGGCCUAAGCAUAUCGUACAGCGGUGAGGUAUGUGAACCUAAGCUUAGGGGCUCGUUGACGUCUGCCCUGAAUGUGUUCUACUUCGUUGGAUUCUUUUUCGUCUCCACCACAUACGCCAUCACCAAGAACUGGAGACAGUCAUUGAUUAUCACUGUCGCGGUGCCCUUGGCCAACAUGAUCGCACUGUCACUGACUCCCGACUCUCCGAUGUGGCUGUUGUCAAGAGGGAAGAUGGAAAAAGCUAGAAAAGUCUUAACGAAGCUUCGGGGAUAUGUUAGUGAAGAGAAAUGCGCCAAGGAAUUCCAGGAAAUGGUUCAAUACGUUUCGCUAUCGACCAAAUUGGAAGAAGCAAAACAAAAACCUUCGGCUCUCGGUAGCUUUUCACAUCCGGGAUUGUGGAGUCCGCUUAAACUCAUGUUGAUCUACAUAUUUUUCUCAAACGUUAUGUCCGGUGUACCGUAUGCGCCGUAUCUGAUACAUGUAUUCAGUUCGUUCAAAACACAAGUAGAACCUGCGUGGGUAAUGUCCGCCUACCCCGGCUUCAGCAUCAUUGGCAAUGUGUUAACCAUCCUGUUGGUGCACCGGCUAGGCAAGAGAUGCCUUGUGCUGUCGACCAUAACCGUCUGCUCGAUUUCGUACCUGCUCAUCGGUUUCGUCGGACAAUUUUAUGUCGAUACCGAAUACACGUCCUGGGCGAAAUUGGCACUGUUCUUCGGGUCAACGUUAUCUUCGUCGCUGGGCAUWAUGCCGAUUGGAUGGAUCCUCAUGAGCGAAGUGUUCCCGAUGAAAAGCAAAAACCUGGGUUGCAGCAUAUGCUCCGCAGUGUAUUUCUUUCUCAGCUUCUUCAUGACCAAGUUCUACAUGAAUCUCGAGGAGUUUAUCGGCUUCUACAACACAUUCGUCCUAUUCGGCGUCGUGGGGAUAAUUGGUCUUGUGUAUUUCUACUUUCGUCUCCCCGAAACCGAAAACAAAACGUUAAAAGAGAUUGCCGAACACUUUAAGCUCGAAACGGUGUAACUUAUGGAAAAAAGUAUACCUGUCCACCCACCUACCUACACCCAAUACAUCUGAUAUGUAUCAUAAUAUAUACCUAUAUAAAUAAUUAUUCCUAUUCGAAAAGCGUUGGCCCGUGCACGUUAUAAUUAUAUAAUUUAAUUUAAUGCAAUAAUUAUGCAUAUUAUGUGCA